AGUUGAAGUCCACAUGUCUUAAAAUUGUCAAGGUUGAGAAACAUUGGCUAGCUAGACAUAACCAGUUCCUUCAAUCGCUCAUUGUUUGGUUUAGCCUCCAGACCUUCUAUCAUCUUGGUUGCUCUUCUCUGCACUUUCUAGGAUCUUUUUUCUAUCGUGGUGACCGGAACUGGAUGCAGAAUUCCAAGUGUGGCCUCACCAGUGCAAUGCAAAGUGGGACUGUCCCUUACAUGAACUGGAUGCUGUGUUGAUGCAGCCCAGGACUGAGUUGGCUUUUUGGGCAGCUGCAGCACAUGGCUGGCUCCUAUUUAAAUGGUGGUGUGGUAGGACUCCGAGAUCUCUCUUGCAGUUACUGCUAUUGAACCAGGCACUGCCUCUUCUGUGCCUGUGGAUUUGUUUUUUUUAUUUGUUUGUUUCUUUGCUUUUUUUUGCCUGAGUGCAGGCUGUGCUUUUCUCACUACUGACUUGUUGGUUAGGGCUCAAGUCUGUCAAGAUUUUCUGAAUCUUGAGUCUAUCUUUCCAAGUGUUGCUAAGGGGAUAUUGCAAAUUAUAAAACAAAAUUGUUAGCACUGGUAACAUUUUAUAUACUUAGAAUAAAAUCAUGUUUGAAUUAAAAAUCCAUAAAAAGCCAUGAAGUUGGUCCUUCACUUAGUCCUGUGAGGGGAAGCAGAAGAAAAGCAGCAGAGAGCAGGGUUCUGCCUUGGAUGCCAGGCUGUGGCCUGGGCAGGAGCGUGACCUAUCUUGCAGGUCUGCAUGCCAGCUGGGCAACCGGCUGGUUGGCCUCUGGCCUCCUGGGCCAGCAUGAGAAGGCAGCCCUCAGAGCCACUCAAGCAGAGUCCUGUGCAGCCACAACCACCGUGAUGCUCUGAAGCUCAGUGGGGCUACGAGGGAGAGCCAUCAAAAACGCCCUGGAUACCAAGUGCAGCAAGGAAGAGACUCAAUAGGCGGGCAGGGACAGGGCACCAACAAGAGAAGCAAUACAACAGCCCCCAUCUUCUGCCACUUUGCACCAUCAAUUUUCCACACCUCUCCCCAAGAUCAUGCAAGCACGGUGACACAUGUAGGACAGCAGUAAGAGGGAGACAAGGGUGCCCCUCCCAGCCUGCAGCUGCGCCCUCUUUCCCCAGCACUGGCAAAAGGGCUGAGGUCUGGUGCAGCUGCCCAUCUUCUCCAGCAUCCAUAGGCUCCUGCACCAGAGUCCAUACCUGCUAGCAACCCCCUCCCACACACACACACUUAACCCUCCCCCUUCCGGCUGGGUGUCUCCUAGUCCAGUGAAAGAGAAGCGGGGGCUGCCCUGAAGAUGCCAAGGAGGGGGCAUGGAAGUCACAACCUGCCCCAGAGCAGAGGGGCUGCUCAGCCGUGGCUGCCUCUGGGGCUCUGCUCAGGCCAGGGCCAAGGCCCCAAGGCAGGGUGGGCACCUCCUUUCAAUGAGGCCAAAUGAAGCAGGGCAGCUGGGCACGAAUCAGCAACGCCUUUGGAGCUUUGAAAACUGGCCUGCAGCCACCCCUCCCUCAGUGGGGCAAGACAGAGGCUCCUUCCUCCCAGGAAGGGGAGAACAGGACUCCUUCCUCCCAGGAAGGGAGAGCGGGCAGAGGGGGCAGAGGCCUAUUGAGCAGAGGCUGUUUGAAGGAUUGGGGUUCAACCCGCCUCAACCUGCCAGCUCCUGAAAAGCCACCAACAAGCAGAAAACUAGGUGGGGAACACUGAAGAGAAGGCAUGAAAGUCACAGUCACACACACACACACACACACACACACACAGCAUUCUCUCUAGGGAAUUCUAUCUAUCCACCCACCCCCUCAACACGUGCACAGAGCUUCUGGAGGGGGUCCAGCUGGAUGAGGCCCAAGGCAAAACCUAUGAGCACCUGGCUCGGGUGGGUGGGGCAGAGAUAAGUUGGGGAUUUAUCAGGGACGCAGCAGGUACCAGGUACCAGGUGUCCAGUCCAGGUGGAAGUUUGCAAGAGCUAGGCCAUCAGGACGCGGCAUGGCGCUCUUCUCCCAGUGCCUGGAACCGGUGGGCUUCCUGCAGUCGCUGCGCUCGCUGGCCCUGGGGGUCGUGUCCCACCUGCAGGGGGGCGCGGCCACCGCCGAGGAGCUGGCUUUCGUGCGCAGGGAGGUGGAGCUGCUGGAGCGCGAGCUGGCCGCGGGCCCGGGGCUGCUGGAGGACGGCGAGCUGGACGUCUGCGAGGACUCCGUGGCCGCAGCCUUCGGGCAGCUGUGCCUGGCGGUGCGAGCGGCGCCACCGGCCGCGCGGCUGGAGACCGAGCUCUUCGCUCAGAGCUGCGCGCGGGACAAGCUGGAGCGCCGCCUGCUGUGCCUGUGGCGCCGCCUGCAGGGCAACGCCGUGCUCACCCUGCAGCGCCCCCUGCUGGAGCAGGCCGUGCAGCGCCACCGCCCGCGCCGCCCGCAGAUGGCGCUCUUCUGCCAGAAGCUGAACGCCGUGCUGGGCGCCGGGUUGCUCUGCCUGCUGUGCCAGGCGGGGCUGGCCAAGCGCGACCCGGCCCUGCUGCUGGGCGUCUGGGACCAGCGCGUGGCCGCGCUGCACAGGCGCAUGAAGGAGGCGCUGGGCCAGUGCAAGGGCUACUUCCGCGAGCAGGCCCAGGAGGAUGUGGAGCGCGCCCUGGAGCAGGCGGCGCCCCCCGACCCGGCCGAGCUGGCCGCCUCGGUCCUGCGCAAGCUGGAGCAGAACUACGACUGGCUGUGCUGGGCCGUGAUGGCCUGGCGGGCGGAGGGUGAGGCGGAGGGCGAGGCGGGCGGCGGAGAGGUGCUGGCCCAGGGCAGCUUCGUCACCGCCCGGGGCGCCGCGGGGCUCCGCCUGGUGGCCUGCUACCGGGAGAGCCCCUCGGCCCUGGACCGGGCGCGCACUAACCAGCUGAUUGGCGAGCUGGAGUGGAAGCUGCCCAACCCGCCGCCCGAGGUCUACGCCAGCCUGGAGGCCGAGCCGGCCCGCGCCCGCGGCUACCUCGCCCGCCGCAUGCUGCAGAAGCUGGCCGAAGGGCUGGGGCCCGGCGUCACCGUCCUGGUGGUGCCGGGGAAGCUGGAAACAAAGAGCAGCUUCCCGCUGGCCGCCAGCCUCCUGCACGAGUACCACCACCGCCUGGCCUCAGGCACCGUCUGCAUUUUCGGCUAAGCCCCCCGAGGCCAGCGGGCUCCCGCUUGCCAACGGCCGAGUUAAGCGGCCCUCAAUAAAAGCCUGUUCUACCGA